AUGACAUCCACCCCGCGGUCCAGCAAGUCGUCGUCGAUCAAAAGCGCACUCCGACGCCUCACGCAGGAGCUCGCCGAGCUGCAAACCAACCCCAACGACGCCGUUCUGCACCUCGGCCCUUCCAACGACGAGGACCUCUUCCAGUGGGAAGCCGUGCUCAAGGGCCCGCGCGACCCAGCCUCUCCCUACUUCGGCGGCCUGUGGCUGCUCUCCAUCGCGGUGCCGCCCACCUACCCGAUGGUGCCGCCCAAGGUGCAGUUCAUCACGCCGAUCUGUCAUCCGAACGUGCACUUUUCGACCGGCGAGAUCUGUCUGACGUUGCUGAGCGGCGAGCACUGGGCCCCGAUGUACACGCUGUCAACCACCAUGGGGGCUAUCCAGCAGCUGCUGAGCUCGCCGGGGCUGGACAGUCCAUUGAACGUGGAUGUUGCGAACCUGUAUCGCGAGAAUGAUACGGUGGGUGCGGAGGGGCUGGUGAGGUUCUGGACCGGCGCGAAGAGGUGGGCGGGCGAGGGCAAGGGCGGGUGGCUGAGUGAGAGGAGGAAGGGCACGGGCGGGAAGUUGGGCGAGUAG